UGGCAACUUUGCCUUGAACGUCAACGUCAACUGUCACAAAAUGUAAACAUAACCCAACAAAAAAACGUGUCAAAAAAAUUCAUUUUCGUAAUAAUGUCUACGAUUCCGAUGGCCUUGCCCCAAAAGCGCUACUACAGGCAAAGGGCGCAUUCAAACCCCAUCGCAGACCAUUGUUUCGACUACCCCCGGACCCCCGAUGAUAUGGACUGGUGUGCCUAUUACCCCGAAUUGGUCAACAAGGACCAAGGCAGUAACCCUGUGGUUGAGUUUGCUGAUAUUGGUUGCGGCUAUGGGGGCUUACUAACCACCCUGUCGCCACUUUUCCCUAAAACGCUCAUGCUAGGGAUGGAAAUUAGGGUGAAAGUGUCCGACUAUGUGAUGGACAGGAUAGCGGCGUUAAGGUCGCAAAAUCCGGGCCAGUACCAAAAUAUAGCAUGUUUGAGGAGUAACGCCAUGAAGUAUUUGCCAAAUUACUUCAAGAAGGGGCAAUUGAAAAAAAUGUUUUUCUUGUAUCCCGACCCACACUUUAAAAAAUCGAAGCAUAAGUGGCGCAUUAUUAAUCAGUCGUUACUGGCUGAGUACGCCUACGUGUUGGCCGUUGGAGGGAUAGUUUACACGGUAACAGAUGUUAAGGAACUUCACGAGUGGAUGAAACAACAUUUUAACGAACAUCCUUUAUUUGAACAAAUCCCUGAUGAGGAAUUGAAACGUGACCCAGUAGUGGACAAGUUAUUUGAUAGCUCUGAAGAAGGGCAGAAAGUGACGCGAAACGAGGGCGACAAGUUCUUAGCUGUUUUUCGGCGAAUCGAAGAUAAUUAUUGUAAACAAUAAAAAACGAAAUAAAGUGGUCCAUGACUUUGAAAUUAAGUUGGAAUUACAGUGGGGCCAACUUAAUUUCAAAUCACAGGUCAUGUGGUACGAACCCA